AUGGGCGUUGAGAUCGUCGCCGCCAGUGUGGAACCCAGGGAACUGGUGCAGGAGAUGGCAACCAAGGCCGGCGUCAAGUUUCCAUUGGCAUACGGAGUUACUCCCGCCGACGCCGAGCUACUCGGAUCGUGGUGGUCGGAUAACCACGACGGCCACAUCCAGCCAACCGAGUUCCUGUUGGGACGCGGCGGCACCGUGCUGGGCGCAAUGUACGCCAGCGGCCCCGUGGGACGCAUCAGCCCGGAUGAAGCCGUCCACUUCAUCGAGGGCCGGGAACGGCGCGGGUAA